AGUUUAGUUAAGUCUGUGCAUGCAUGGAGGUAUGGGUAUCAGCUCAAAGAAAAGCUGUCACUUCGCCUAAAGCCAGCCCUCAAUGUCUUUCAGUAUCAUAACAAAGGUUCUAUUCGUCAAAGUACAUCAAGAAUGCAUACCGUUCAGAGAUGUGUCUUGGUAAAGGUAAUCCGUGAAUGUUACACUCCCUUAACUAUAAAUGCUGACACAAACAAUAGUAGAAAAGCCUCACUGUGUUUAUGAUAUCUUCUUUGUAUGAAGCACUGUUUUUGAGAGGGCCCAAGACAAAGGUGACUUCGUUAGGCUAAUGCCCAUUGCUUCUGCUUAAGAGGACGAGACAGAUUUAAUGUCCUUUCCACAUCAACACUGGAGUUUAAGGCUUUGUUAGUUGGAUGGAAAAUCAGUGUUGAAGAUCAAUUGUUGAAGCCUCAUCUUCUGUUUAGGGUCGUUUCUUUAGUCUUUUAAGAAAAUGAGGUUUAAAUAAAAAAAAAGAUUUGUUAACUACAUAAAUUACAGGUCAUUACAUUUCAACGCUAUAUGUAGUAGUCACACUGCUAACUGUGGCACAGCAGUGAAUGGUCCUUAUCAUAGCACCCCCACAGAGAGCUCAGACAUGCUCAGUCACAUUCUGCUAGCUGCUCAAGCAUAACCUGAAAAUGUGAAACUUUCAGGAAGGAAGGAAGGAGAGGUGGAGGACGACAGUAAGAAAGAACCUGAUGGUGGAAUCCAAUCAAAUCAGAUGGAUGUGGGAGAGGAGCAGGGUAAAAGAUGAAGAAAAAAAAGCAUGGGUCUUUGACCCCCAUCCUGCAUGCUUCAAUAUAGUGCUAUGGAUGGCGUUGACCUGUCCCAUCCCCCAAUGUCCAUAGCACAUUAAGGGUGUUGUGUAUGUAUUUAGAGGCAAGGAAGCACAAAGCCCUUUGUGAUUUUUGUCUUUUCUAAAUGUACUAGUAUGGUUAAAUUCUGGCUGUUCUGCUUUAAACUGUUCAUUUCCAUCCCUACAUGCAUAACCCUUUCUCAUUCCUUUGGUAAAAAGGUUGUUAAGCAUUUCCUUAGAUGCCCAUUACAGAAGCACUUUUUCACAGCAUCUUUUAUAACAGUCAGUUGAGGCUCCAUCCAUCUUCUCUUGGACAGAUUUAAGAACAAUUUUUAACAAAGCACCGGCAUAGAGAGCCCUAAAACAAGACUACCAAGUUUUAAAAAAUAAGCUUUUCUUUCCCUAGUAUUUCAUCAAGUUCAAAUCAAUGAAUCAAUGACUAGAUAUGGAGAAUAUAUUUCAAUUGAUCAGAAUUGUGUAAACAAAAAAUAGCAAAAAACUAGAGAAUAUUCCUCUUUCCAGCUUCAGUUUUCCCUCCAAGUACUUCCUUGUGCAUUCUGCGUUAUGACUCAACUGUGAUACAUGUGGAAAACACGGCAGUAUGCACGAUAAGUGACCCGGAAACUUAAACCCAGAUGGGUGUUAAGCUGGAAGACCUUGGCACUGGUAUGACAUAAGCAAUUUAUCCAUUAAAUAAACAAAUAAAUACAUAAAUAAAAACCAAAGGUAAAAGUCUGGUUUAAGUUAGAGCAAAUACCAUAUGGCUCCAGCAUGAUCUUCCCAAAGAAGUGCUCUUCAUCCCAUAAAAGCACAGCUAUUUAGCACUUGUUGUGUCAGCAAGUCUACACCCAGGAUUUAAGAUGUUAACAUUUUUAACACAUUUCUCCCUUAAGAGAUAAAAAAAAUUUUAUUCUUACACAAAUACUGUAUUUUGACAUCUGAAGCUGCAGGCAACAAAACUUCUAAUCUAGAUGUGUGUAUGGGAUUUUGCUUCUUUUGUUGUUUUUUUCUCUCAUUUAAAUUAUUAGAUGAUACCUAUACAAAAAUCAACGCAAAGUUGAAAUCUGCAAUGGUGGGUAAUUUCAACAGGAAGCUACUGCAAAACAUUCAAGAUAUCAAUAUUCUGAUGGUGACGAGCCAGUGGGAGGGAAGAGGGAUGGAACGGGAGAUGGAGGAGGACUAAGGUGCACAAGAACUUGAGGCAGAGAGCAAGUGGCCAACGAUGAGAGUGAGGGUGUUCGUGUGUAAGGGAGAGAAAACGAAGGAGAGAGAGAAACGGAGGUGAUGAUCGACGCCAGGCUGCCACCACUCUGUAGCAGAGAGUGGCUGCAACAAAAAGCACAGAAUAACAUUCCUUACUCUCUGCUCUGCUUUUUUUCUCUCCCUCUUCUCUCUGCGUCUCAGCGCAGAUGAGAACUCCGCUCGCAGCUCUGCAGAGGCUAUGCUGAGCCCGAGUCGGCUUCGGAGGCAGGAUCUCUGGCUGCCAUCAACAAGUUAGGUUGGACGACCGCAGCCGGGAAAGAAAUGAUCUUCAAUUAACCAUCUGAGCUGGCGUCAUUGCCGUGGACAGAAAACAAAAGGAUUAAAAGAAAGAAGAAAAAAGGAGGGAGGGGGAGAUCUCUUCAGUGGAGCCGCUCCGGAUGCAACUGAUCAACUUAAAUAUAUAUAAAUGUAUAUAAAUACUUAUUUCAAGGAUUUUGUAGGUUGAAGGAAAAAAAUUCGACCUGAGCCGGGAUUUUAAGGGUCUCUGCACAUUACCAGGGAGAUCUGCAUUUUAGGACAUGGAAUUUUACAUUUUGUUUCAACUGGGUGGGUUCAGAAUUGCUUUAUUUCCAAAGAAGCUGAUUCAUUUUCUGCUUAUUCAAAAGGGCUUUUUCCCUUUGGAUUUUUCAUCAAUCUGGUUGGUCCAAGAGUCCGCUGAAAAGAACAGUUGAAUGCAGCCUUCGAUGUGCACAAAAGAAUGGGUUUCCAUUCAAGGUGGCCAUUGGUGGGACCUGCACCAGUGGCUCUGAGUGUAAUCAGCAUGCUCCUUGCGUGCCUGCUGUCUCCUGCAUCAUGCACAACCUGCCCUCAAAAAUGCCGCUGUGAGGACCUGCAGUUCUACUGCGACACCCAGGGGCUAAAGGCACCCCCAGACGGAGUGGACAAAGGGGCUCUGGGCCUGUCCUUACGACACAACAGCAUUACUGAGCUCAGCUCUGAUCAGUUUUACGGUUUUAGCCAGCUCACAUGGUUACAUCUCGACCACAACCAGAUUACCACAGUACAAGAGGAUGCCUUUCAAGGACUAUAUAAAUUGAAAGAUCUCAACCUAAGCUCCAAUCGAAUCACCAAGUUGCCCAAUACAACCUUCAUACACCUCAUAAACCUUCAAAUACUGGACCUGUCCUUUAAUCAAAUGACUUCACUGGAACCAGAACUAUUCCAUGGACUAAGGAAGCUUCAGAUACUUCACCUACGCUCCAAUUUACUUCGUACUACACCUGUUCGAGCAUUUUGGGACUGUCGCAGUCUGGAAUAUCUGGGACUAAGCAACAAUCGUCUGCGUAGCCUGGCUCGGAAUGGAUUUGCUGGGCUCAUCAAGCUUAAAGAGCUCCACUUGGAGCACAAUCAGCUGACCAAGAUUAACUUGGCCCAUUUCCCUCGUCUUGUUGCUCUCCAGUUUCUAUAUCUGCAAUGGAAUAAGAUAAACAACGUAACAUGUGGCAUGGAAUGGACAUGGACAACUUUAGAAAAGCUGGACCUAACAGGAAAUGAAAUCCGUGUCCUUACACCUGAUGUUUUUCAAACGCUGCCAAAUUUAAAAAUGUUGCUAUUGGAUAACAACAAACUAAGCAGUCUGGAUGCACAGGUUCUGGAUAUGUGGCAGUCUUUGGGUACAAUUGGGCUGUCCAGCAAUCUUUGGGAAUGUACCAAAAGGAUUUGCUCUCUGGCCACUUGGCUAAGCACCUUUAAGGGAAGGUGGGAACAUUCCAUUCUCUGCCACAGUCCUGAGUAUGCCCAAGGUGAGGAAAUACUUGAUGCAGUUUAUGGAUUCCAGCUUUGCCAGAACUUUUCAGCACCAGUCAUUCAGACCAUUAGUACAACCACAGACGCUACUGCAGCUGCAGAGAUCACAAGCUCCUUGUUUGGAAUUAUGCAGCCAACCCCUACACAAGACUAUGCAGAGGAUUUUGGGAGCUUUACCACAGUUGUUACCAUUACCACCACCACAACACAAACACCACGCACUGCUCAAGCAACUACUGCUUUGUUGGAAGAGGAAUCUGUGACAGAUGACUUUUCAGCUAUGGACAACACUCUUAUGACUCAAAGGGUCAUCAUUGGAACUAUGGCGCUUCUUUUUUCAUUCUUUAUCAUAAUUUUUGUUGUGUAUAUCUCACGAAAGUGCUGCCCUCCCACCCUGAGAAGGAUACGUCACUGUUCAGCUAUUCAAAAUCGCAGACAGAUGAGGACCCAGCAACGACAGCCAAUGGCGGACCUCGCCACACAGGUACCCUAUAAUGAGUAUGAACCCAGCCAUGAAGAAGGGGCACUUGUGAUCAUCAACGGGUAUGGGCAGUGCAAGUGUCAGCAGCUGCCUUACAAAGAGUGUGAAGUAUGAACUCGUAUUUAUUUCUCUACCAUGUGGUUUGUCAUUUGACCAUGUAAAAUGAUACAGGGUUUACUUUUUGAUUUUUUUUCAGUAUAUGUAAAAAGCAUAAUUUCUACAAGAGAGAUUUGAAAAUAUGUGAAAUAGUAAAAAGAUAUUGAAAGCUACAUACACAAGGCUGGACAGCUAUGAUAUGUAGAGAUAGUCACAAAUUUAUUUUUCUAUAAAUGCAAGGUUGUUCAUAUCAACCAGGGGCAAUCAUUUUAAAGAAAAAAAUUUUAACUGUGAGAUUUGUCUCUACAUCGUCUAUAUUUCAGCACAGUUACCACUUACAAAAUGGCCAUCCGUUAACAGAAUACAAUAUGUGAGGAUGUAAAUUAUGUCACGUUUCUGCCAACAGAUGUUAAGCAUUUAAUGUUUCUGCAAGCCAAUAUUCAAAAACAAGAAAAAUUACUUACCGUAACCCCGUUUUCUGGUUUUAUAGAUUGAUCAUUUAGCUGCAGUUACAUGUGCAAAAUGUCUUUGAUCGGAUCAAAACUCAGAUUAUAAUUGAACUGUGCACGUGGGCCCAAAACUGUAUCCGAUUAUAACAAACGUUUACAUACGCCAAACUUUCAAUCGGAAUAAAUCAUUUUGACAUGCGCAGAACUAUCUAAAAUACUGGAAAUGGCAGUAUAAGAAUAGCAAGUUUCAUUGUAAACAAACAAAGCUGCAGCAUAAAGCGUGAUGAUCUUCUAAAGUUGCUUUAAUUAUUGUUAUGAAUAUUAUUAAGGGCCUGUUCGCUCAUAAUUUCUAAAUGUGUGAGGCCAGCCAGUGCUUUAUUCUAGGCAGCACAGACCCGGAAGAAGGGUUAAGGUUAGGUUAAUACGUGUCAACAACAACAUUUAGCCUUGAAUGCACUUAAUCCGUGUGUUCAAUGCCGUAAUGUGCAUUUUAGCUGCACGUAAAUAUGUGGGAAUAACAUCUGCCUUUAUUGGAAACACAAAUUCAUAUGAUUGUUUACACGGUUCCUCAGGACUGCACGGAGCGGCAUUUUCACAUUUAAUACCCGCCUACGCCAGCUCACACACCGUCCCAAAGCUUCUCCUCUGCUAAGGGACACCGCACUCCCCAGAGACAUGGUUCUCCAGCUGGGUGACGCAAAGCAGCGGGACGGACAAGUCCGGCAGCUCUGCACAAGAAAAUAGUUUGAUCGCGCAGCACACUGGUCUUGUUCAAGCUCCAAAGCCUCCCCUGGAGCCCCACACCGUCAACACAUGACGUAAAACCCAGAGCAUUGGUGACCCACAAUCGGAAUGAACUGCUUAUAUGCAACACGAUCGGCUCAGCAAUCGGCAUAAUCCACCUAUCUCGAUCGGAAGGAAAUUUUUAUCCGAAUGAGUCUCAUAGGGGCAGAGUAUUCCGAAGGGUCUGUUUACAUGCAUUCUUAUUCUGAUCAGGAGUUUAUUCCGAUUACUUUUGCCCAUGUAACCGCAGCUACAGAUGGAUUGAAUGGUAGUGACUCUAAACCUUAACCCUAAAUAACCAAUUUCAAAUCUUCUAAAGUGAGAAAAUACUUUAAUCCAAGUGAAAAUAAAAACAAUAAAGGCAUAAUUUGACCAAAUCAACUAAGAGCCAUGUAUCUCAUUUUUAGGUCAAGCUGAAUGGUACUUUGGGUUUCACAAGCACCAUUUAGUUCCUGUCAUCUGCUGUCCAAAAUUCUGGAACUAAUAAGUUUCAUGUUUCGCAUUACAAACAAAACAGUUUUUCAUAAUUGCAUAUCCAUUUCCAAAAUGAUAUGUAAAAAAAUACAUUUUUAAAAUCAAUUUCAUUACAUCAAACAAAUUUAUUAUGUGAAACAUCAAUAAGAGGGUAACAAAAACAUAAAGUGCCACAUAGAAAAGUUAUUUUAGAAAAAACAAAGCCUUUUGCUUGGAUCCUAUCCUUUCAGCUACUUAUUCACUAAUGAGGAGAGACAGGCUUAAGAUUGAACUAAUUAAGGCCAGGCAAAAUGGAUCUAAUACUCUCACCCACACCAGUGAUUAACCAACAUUUGAGCACUUCACACAGAUUUAGUUGUACUACAAUAAUCCCUCACAGCCACAAUACCAUUAAACCUUUUCCUUAAAGACACUUCUUUAUGAAGUUGUCAUUUAAAGUCAGAAAUAUUAUUAAUAAAACUACAAACACCUGUUUAAGAUUUGGACUAAAAACGUAUGCUGCCUAUGUCAGUCAAGAGUGACAAGUGACAAGGCAACACCCUUUGCUGAUUAAGAAACAUUUGUAUGCAGGACGGCAUGGACAUUAGUAUCACAGUGAAGGUGCUGCUGCAGCUUCACACAAACUUAGUGCUUAGUUUGGCAGUGGGGGGAGGAUGAAAGCCAGAGAAACUAGGAAGAAAA